AUGUUUCUCUGUAAGAUCGGUUCGCGUUCGUGUUGGUACAAAGUAGCCGCGUGUCUUUUGGUGGCUAUUUUGAUAAUCGCUUGUCUGACGAUCUUUGAUGUUAUACCAAUAAAAAAUGGAGACACUUCCGCUGCGGAAAAUAUGACGCGUCCGGAAACGACGACACCGCAAGGAAGACUUAGAGGUAUAAAUAUGGUCACAAACCUUGGCAGAAUAUUCUCGGGCUUCAUUGGAAUCCCGUAUGCCGAACCACCGGUUGGAGAUCUCAGGUUCAAACAAGCUGUACCAGCGGGUCCUUGGAAUGGGACUUUGGAUGCUGACCACAUGCCUAACCAUUGUUAUCACGAAGUGCCCGAGAUCUUGGGCGAUGAGGAUUGCCUCUAUCUUAACGUUUACACGCCACAGAUCCCUAAGAGCAGGAGGUCUAAGUUACUGCCAGUGAUGGUCUUCAUCUUCGGUGGACAAUAUAGAUUUGGAACGAGCACACCUGACCGAUGGAGUCCGGAAUUUCUUCUUAACAAAGACGUAGUUCUCGUAGCACCGAACUAUCGUUUCGGAAUACUAGGACUUUUGAGUACCGGCGACGAAGUAUCGCCUGGAAACAAUUUAAUAAAAGAUAUAGCUGAAGCUCUGAGAUGGAUCCAAAAAUAUAUCAAGUAUUUCGGUGGUGAUCCAAGUCAAGUGACUGUCUUCGGUGGAAGUUCAGGCGCCGUAUGCACUCAUAUUUUGAGUGCAUCUCCUUUAACAAAAGGACUCUUCCACCAAUACAUGACACACAGUGGAGUGGGGACCUCGUCUUUUAAUCCUGAACCGUCUUCAGUGGCCGCCAGUCGAACCAUUAAGUUGGGUGAACACCUUGGAUGUCCGACCGAGUCGUCAAUCGUUCUUGUUGAUUGCCUGAGGACUUUCAAUGGUUCAUACAUAUACCAUACAGAAGAGUUGUUCAUAGAUGCAAACUCGUCCAGCCGUAUUGUUUGGUAUCCUGUUAUCGAACCUGACGUAGAAGGUGCAUUGAUUACGGAUACACCAGCGAAUAUUAUGACCAAUGGAAAAAAGAAUGAUUUGCCGUGGGUGGCGCUCGUGACUAGGGACGAAGGAAUUGUUGAAACUGCAAGAUACUACGAUAGGCCAGACUUGUUCCAGGAGUUUUUAGACAACGUUGACGCUCGCUUAAUCGACUUUUUAAAAUAUGACACUUGGUCAGCUGAUGUCGAUGCCCAAACUGCUGCUCUGAAGUCUCGUUACUUGAACGAUCUAACUGCUGAUCGAACUUUGCUGAUACGCAAUUUGACUGACCUCAUGACUGAUGGCGAAUUCAUUUAUCCUAUUUACAACGAGGUUAAACAAUACGUAAACAAUCCUGCUUACAAGAGUCCCGCAUACUUCUGCACUUUCGACUACCGGGGCACUUUAAGCUACAGCUAUUCGUUUAGUGACAAUAACACGGAGAAUUGGGGAGCGGCACACGGUGACGAGCUGCUUUACCUCCUUCCAGGACCAAAAGAAAUGUUUGGACCACCGGGGUCUGAAUAUAGUGAGACUGACAUGAAAGUCGCCGACGCGAUGGUAGAGCUGUGGUCAUCGUUUGCUACCACUGGGAUUCCGACUACAGCAGCUCUCAGUGGCUACGAAAUUUGGGAACCAUUCUCAUUGGAUGAAAAAUAUCUUCAGGUCGGUAAUGAUAGCGAUCCUGGACUCCAGGUUAAAGCUGGUUUCCACAAAGAGCGAAUGGAGUUCUGGAAAAAGUUCUACGAUGCUAGAAAGUAG